UCGGACUUCGGGCAAAGCAGUGCAUGACACUGCUCACCCGAUCACAGACCAAGGCCAUGGACCGGAAGGCGGGAGAAUCCCUCCCGGUCUAUGAGGAACGCCUGGCGACAUUCAUUCAGGAGGCCAACGAUAGGGCCGCCGCCGCGGCCAAGGAACGUAAUCGGCUCGAACAGGAGGAGGAGGCCAAGCGACAGAAGGAGGAACAGGACCGACUUCGUCAAGAAGAGGCAGACCUACAGGCGGCAGCCGAACGCCGGUCACGCCAGCGGGAACGACUGUUCACGCGGGGGACCGUGAUCGGCGAUGAGGCCGCACAUUGGGUGGAAGUGACAUCUGCAAACGGGGCCCCGGAGACUGAGAAAGGGCUGUCAGCCCUUGCGCAGGUCUCCCACGACCWCGUGGCCACCUGCGCUCUGCAGCAGGAGRAAAUCCUUCACCUGCAGCAGACAGUGGACCAGAUGCUCGCACGRCUGCAGGCGUUGGAGAAACAGCCAGCUGCUGUAGCAGCCGCAGGGCCUUCCACCCUUACCACCCGUGUGCAAGUUUUGGAGGAUGACGUCAGCAACAUCAAGCGUGUGCAUCAGGACUUCCGGACGUCGCAGCAAGCAACGAACUUGCAGUUGGAGACGCAGGUCCAGGCUGCUGCCACCGCGACGCCCGCCGCCGCAUCCUCCCGGCGCCCACCCAAACUGGAUGACAUUCCAGUUUUCUGCGAUCAGUCCAAGACGGAAYCGAUCCCGUGGUGGCGCCAGUUUACUCUCAGGCUCGACAUGCACCAUGUCCCGAACAACGAUCGACAUCCGUGCUUGUAUCACCGAUCUGGUGGUGCGUGUCAAGCAUGGCUGGACAACAUCUUGACCAGCCAAGGCGUAGCAGUGUCGGAACUGCACAUCAAGCUCACUUGGCAGGAGUUGACUGACGCUUGGCACAAGCGAUUCCAAGUGGAGCCGCCCGACCUGCAAGCGAUGGACAAGCUCAACAAGCUCCAUCAGAACACGCUGCUCAGUCAGGACUGGAUUACCGAGUUCCAAAGACUCGCCUCCACACCUGACCUGCCGCUCGCAUUCCGCGCCAUCAAGCACUUGUUUAUCAUGCGCUCGUGUCCAGCUCUGCAAAACGCGCUGACGCAGAUUGCAGAGACACUCGACACAUCCGACAAGCUUUUUAGCACCGCGUCACGGAUCAUUCUCACGAAUAUCGAAGCCCGCAACGCCGGCCGAUCUUCCGCGACGACGAGCGGCACCCAGCCCAAGCCAAAGGUGGCUUGCAUUACUUCUACCGAGGCUGCAACACCAAACGAGGGUGAAGUGUUGGCAGCUGCCCGGGAUGGUGGCCGGCCGUGCAACAACCACGGCCGCGACAAGACGAAGACUCAGUCCACCUCUACACCGAGCACCGGAUCAGCCGCCGACGAACCUUGGGCACAAUACGGACUCUCGGCGAAUUCUUAUUGCACGAGACUCAAGUACCGUUACUGCCUUUGGUGCAACAGCACCAUCCACGAUGCUGCACAUUGCCCYACCAAGGGGAAACCCCGUCAGGGAAAGYAGGCGCCRCCGAGGGUGACUCGACACCUCCCUCGACGCCAUCGGAAGCGGUUGUGCGCACGACCGCCCUUUCUUCCGAGGCAUAUGCGGAUGUCGGGAGUCUUCCACUUUCGUUCGAAGACUUUGCUGCCCGGCUCGUUCCUUCACUGGAUGCUUCUCAAGGACAAGAUACAUGUGCGGCUUUCUCACCGUCUGAAGGUUCUUCCGCCAAUUCGUCUUCAUCAAGGGAUUCGGCAAGCGUGUUCAACGAGGAGGCUUUGGACCCGCUCACGCCCGAGGACUUCGCUUGGAUUCCUCUCCCUACGACUGGCAAACCUUCCGGGACCGCAAAGCGCAGCCCUAUGCGCCCUCUUACACCUGUAUCUUUCCUUCCAUGCACCACCAACUUCGCCGACGGUAGACGAAGUCGCGGUGGGGGACAUGCUUGGCUACGUUGCCAAGGUGGCCCGCGAGUUUGUCUCGCAACGGUACGAAGAAAACCACGCACCGUUGCUCUACGUUCGCAUUCAGAUUGGGCAAGCGGYCUGCAACGCUUUGCURGAUUGCGGCGCAACUCGCAACUUCAUCAGCCAGUCCUUCAUGACUCGGGCUGGCCUUGGCGCACAAGUACGGAGGAAGUCACAUCCGACGACGGUCGCUCUUGCCGACGGUAAGACGAAACWRUUUUUAGACCGUUACAUCUCGGCUGUCCCGGUGUACUUUGCACCGCACGCAUGUGAACCCGUCACUUUUGACGUGUUGGACACCGACUUCGAUGUCAUUUUGGGGAUGCCUUGGCGUUCUAGCGCGGACCACACGGUCAAUUUCCAUCGACGCACGCUCACGAUUCGUGAUGCAACUGGCGCCGAGGUCCCGUGUACUAUUCCUCCUCCUCGCUCUUCCAUUAGGUGCCAAGUCGUGAGUGCCAAAUCUUUCCGAGACAYAUGYCGUUCSGAGCAUGUCGAAGAGAUUGGCAUCGCUUUGCUUCGAACCGUCCCGACGACCGAUUCAUCGUCYACAGAAGUGKCUUCCGACCCCCRUGUGACCCGGUUGUUAGACGAGUUCUCGGAUGUUUUUGAGGCACCCUCCGGAUGCAUUUAUCGCAUGUCCGAGGAGGAGCUCACGGUUCUCCGUGCGCAACUCGACGAUCUACUUGACAAGGGUUGGAUCCGCCCUAGCAGCUCACCUUACGGUGCGCCCGUUCUCUUCGUUCGGAAGAAGAACAAGGACCUUCGACUUUGCAUUGACUACCGACGCCUCAACGCGCAAACCAUCAAGAACGCGGGGCCUCUACCUCGAAUUGACGAUUUGCUUGAGCGGUUGGGCGGCGCCAAGUACUUUUCGAAGUUGGACCUCAAGUCGGGCUACCAUCAGAUUUCCAUCUGCCCGCAAGAUCGGUACAAAACCGCGUUUAAGACGCGAUAUGGGCAUUUUGAGUGGGUAGUUAUGCCUUUUGGCCUCACCAAUGCCCCGGCCACCUUUCAGGCGGCCAUGAUCAUUCGUGCUAUGUUGGACCGCUUCGUUUUGGUCUACUUAGACGACAUCCUCGUCUAUAGUCGAACUCUAGAGGAGCAUCUCGAGCACCUUCGCCGUGUUCUAGAGACUCUUCGGUCAGCCCGGAACAAAGCUAACCGCGACAAAUGCGAGUUUGUCCGGCAAGAGCUUGAAUACUUGGGUCAUUUUGUCUCUCCGGAAGGCAUUCGUCCGUUGGCGGACAAGAUUCAAGCCAUCCAGGAGUGGCCCGAGCUGAAGAAUGUGACGGACGUCCGAUCCUUCCUCGGCUUGGCCGGUUAUUAUCAGCGCUUCAUCAAGGGUUACUCGAAGAUCGCGGCAAACCUAAGCAAGUUACAAAGCGAGGAGCGGCCUUUUGACUUCGACGACGACGCGUGCCAUUCUUUUGAGACACUCAAAGCGGCACUCUUGUCCGCCGAGGUGUUACAUAUUUACGACCCGCUUCUAGCUACGCGCGUCACUACCGAUGCGUCGGGCUAUGGCAUUGGGGCCGUCCUUGAGCAGCACGAUGGCACGGACUGGCACCCGAUCGAGUACUUUAGCAAGAAAGUACCUUCCGUGCAUUCGAUCGACGACGCACGGAAGAAGGAGCUUCUUGCCUUCGUCCACGYCCUCAAGCGUUGGCGACAUUUCCUCCUUGGUCGGAAAGCAUUCCGAUGGGUAACRGAUAACAAUCCGUUGGUAUUCUACAAGUCGCAAGACACGAUUAACAGUACCAUUGCCCGUUGGAUGACUUUCAUCGACCAGUUUGACUUUUUCCCCGAUCACAUUCCCGGGAAGUCAAACCGUUUUGCGGACGCCCUCUCACGGCGACUGGAUCUUUGCACCGCAGUCUACUCUACCUUUGAGAUCGACGACGACUUGCGGGAGAGCUUCAUCCGCGGCUAUCAAGCCGACCCCCACUUUCGCGACAAGUACGCGAAUCGCUCCUCUCCGAAUCCGGUGCCUUCGCAUUAUCGGAUCCAAGAGGGCUACUUACUUGUGCAUUCACGGGGUAAGGAUCUUCUUUGUGUGCCGAAUGAUUUACACUUGCGCACUCGGCUUCUUAGCGAGUUUCACGAUGCGCCCGCCUCCGGACAUUUUGGUGUCAACCGUACACUUGGCCGACUUCGCCAACGGUUCUAUUGGCCCGACCUUCUCAAGGACGCCACCCGCUAUUGUGAGUCGUGCGAAGUCUGUCGACGUUGCAAGUCACGCAACCAUCGUCCGUUCGGCGAGCUACACCCAUUACCAGUGCCCCUUGGGUGACGGGAAGCAAUUGCUAUGGAUAUCACCAGCCCCUUCCCGAAGCACAAGACCGGCGUUGACGGGAUCCUCACGGUCGUCGACCGCCUCACCAAGUA